UAAAGUCACCUUGGCGAUGCUGCCUUCCAAAGGACGUGUGACGUCGCGGCUCCACCCUACCCUCUCCCUGUACGUCAACCGCUUCUCUACCUCAGACGGACUGGUCAGUACCAUGUGUGUGCUUGAGAUUGUUAAGAAGUUCUAUUGCAAUGUAUGACCUUUUUUUUUAUUUUCGGUUUGGCUUGAGUAUUGUAUUAUCACUACUGAGAAUAAACAAACGCAAAAUAAUAUAGAUAAAACUCGGCAAGGGAAAAUGUAAGGGAUUUAAGAUACGAGGAUUUGAACCUGGGCUUAAACAUCUAACCGUUGAGUUUAAUACCAAUACAUGAUCCACUUGCAUUACGUUCAAUCGGAAAUCAAAAUUAAGGAUUUUUAAAUGAAUUCUUAUUUGGCAAUCGGCUGAAUAAUUUCACAGGCAGUGCUUUAUUCUGUACCUUCCAAUCAGCUAAAUACUUCACAGGCAGUGCUUUACUCUUAAAAAUACCGAUCAGCUGAAUAAUUUCACAGGCAGUGUUUUAUUCUUUACCUUCCAAUCAGCUGAAUACUAAACAGGCAGUGCUUUAUUCUUUACCUCCCAAUCAGCUGAUUAUUUCACAACCAGUGCUUUAUUAUUUACCUUGCAAUCCAAUCGGCUGAAUAUUUCACAGGCAGUGCUUUAAUCUUUACCUUCCAAUCAGCUAAAUACUUCACAGGCAAUGCUUUAUUCUUUACCUUCCAAUCGACUGAAUAAUUUCACAGGCAGUGCUUUAUUCUGUACCUUCCAAUCGGCUGAAUAAUUUCACAGGCAGUGCUUUAUUCUUUACCUUCCAAUCAGCAGAAUAAUUUCACAGGCUGUGCUUGAUUCUUUACCUUGCAAUCGGCUGAAUAAUUUCACAGGCAGUGCUUCAUUCUAUACCUUCCAAUCAGCUGAAUAAUUUCACAGGCAGUGCUUAAUUCUUUACCUUCCAAUCAGCAGAAUAAUUUCACAGGCUGUGCUUUAUUCUUUACCUUGCAAUCGGCUGAAUAAUUUCACAGGCAGUGCUUCAUUCUAUACCUUCCAAUCAGCUGAAUAAUUUCACAGGCAGUGCUUUAUUCUUUACCUUCCAAUCAGCUGAAUAAUUUCACAGGCAGUGCUUUAUUCUUUACCUUCCAAUCACCUGAAUACUUCACAGGCAGUGCUUUAUUCUUUACCUACCAAUCAGCUGAAUAUUUCACAGGCAGUGCUUUAUUCUUUACCUUCCAAUCAGCUGAAUAUUUCACAGGCAGUGCUUUAUUCUUUACCUUCCAAUCAGCUGAAUAAUUUCACAGGCAUUGCUUUAUUCUUUACCUAACAAUCAGCUAAAUACUUCACAGGCAGUGCUUUACUCUUAAACCUACCGAUCAGCUGAAUAAUUUCACAGGCAGUGUUUUAUUCUUUACCUUCCAAUCAGCUGAAUACUAAACAGGCAGUGCUUUAUUCUUACCUCCCAAUCAGCUGAAUAUAUCACAACCAGUGCUUUAUUAUUUACCUUGCAAUCCAAUCGGCUGAAUAUUUCACAGGCAGUGCUUUAAUCUCUACCUUCCAAUCAGCUAAAUACUUCACAGGCAAUGCUUUAUUAUUUACCUUCCAAUCGGCUGAAUAAAUUCACAGGCAUUGCUUUAUUCUGUACCUUCCAAUCGGCUGAAUAAUUUCACAAGCAGUGCUUAAUUCUUUACCUUCCAAUCAGCUGAAUAAUUUCACACUCAGUGCUUUAUUCUUUACCUUGCAAUCGGCUGAAUAAUUUCACAGGCAGUGCUUCAUUCGAUACCUUCCAAUCAGCUGAAUAAUUUCACAAGCAAUGCUUUAUUCUUUACCUUCCAAUCGGCUGAAUAAUUUCACAAUCAGUGCUUUAUUCUGUACCUUCCAAUCGGUUGAAUAAUUUCACAAGCAGUGCUUAAUUCUUUACCUUCCAAUCAGCUGAAUAAUUUCACAGGCAGUGCUUUAUUCUUUACCUUCCAAUCAGCUGAAUAAUUUCACAGGAAGUGCUUAAUUCUUUACCUUCCAAUCAGCUGAAUAAUUUCACAAGCAGUGCUUAAUUCUUUACCUUCCAAUCAGCUGAAUAAUUUCACAGGCAGUGCUUUAUUCUUUACCUUCCAAUCAGCUGAAUAAUUUCACAGGCAGUGCUUACUUCUUUACCUUCCAAUCAGCUGAAUAAUUUCACAGGCAGUGCUUAAUUCUUUACCUUCCAAACAGCUGAAUACUUCACAGGCAGUGCUUUAUUCUUUACCUUCCAAUCAGCUGAAUACUUCAGGCAGUGCUUCAUUCUUUACCUUCCAAUCUGCUGCAUAUUUCACAUCCAUUCCUUACAUUACAUGUUUUAAUCACAAGGAUAUUUCACUUAGACCAUUGAAAGGUAGAUUACGGUAUAAAUCUUUCACCCCCAUCCUCACAGAUCAUCACCAUCAAUGGUGCCACCAUCCUUCAGCCGGACAUCGUCACCGACAACGGCAUCCUUCACAUCGUUGACCGAAUCAUCGCCCCUGUCGGCAGUCACAUGACCAUCGCCGAAUACCUGGAGAACCCCCAAGUCCGUGGUCUUUCGUUCAGGUGA